AUGGGGCGGAAGAAGAAGACGCAGCCUGCGGUGCUAGUGGGAAAAAAAGAGAUCGAGGAGAGACUUUUGCGUAUGAUGUUCGGUUAUACAGAUAAACUGAAUAAAUCCCAGGGGUUCGAUAUACGUGGAUAUGAGGGAAUCAGUCCGAUACUGGUUGCGCACAUCUGUGAUCGUGAUGGUCCUUGUUGUGACUUGGUCCUCCUCUAUGCCAGGAUGGGCCUUCAUCGUUACAAUCUUGUCCAGGGGAAACACUUGCAGCUCAGUAGCGUAAAGAUGUACAACAGGUCCGUUUCUCGCUCUUACUUCAUAACUUUGGAAGCCAAGGAUCCAGCCAGCGAUCCAGUGACGCUUCAGACUUUUCAGGCUAAAGUUAAUGAAGUAAAUACCAAGGAUCGAUCCACGGAUGGUCCAGCCACGGAUGGUCCAGCCACGCUUAAAACUACUAACGGAUUCCUUUUGACGUGCACUGUUGCUAGGCGUCUAGGGGACACCAGUAUCAGCAUCCCAGCUAUUGAUCUCCAAAGAAACCACUGUAAUGGCAAACACCUCUCAUAUUUCAUGCCCGAGUUACCGCCAAAGAAUCCUUUCGAAGAUGAUUCAAAACGAUUUCACGUGCUCAAGGAAUCCGAGCUUCAAGACAAUGACGACUGGGUUCGUUUGUAUGUGGAGCUUGCAGUUGCCAAACCCUAUACCCGUGAGGAACAAGGUCUGGACAACUUGAAGAUUCUGAAAGUGGCUAUGGACAGUGAACGAUACCUGAGUGAGGGACUUGGCGCCAAUGAUGCAACUUUCUACAUAAGGUACGAGGACUCGUGCGAGGCUCGAGUUGGUAAGGAUGUCGAUCGCGUUGCUGUCGUCAGAAGAAUGUUGGAUGAGCACUCGCAAGUCUUGCGUCUCGUGGGUCGUCAUCAGAGCAUAACACCGUCAUCAAACGCCAUGGAAGCUGGAUCCUCGUCUGCACAAGACUAG